UUUAGUUUCAGAUUGUAAGGGAAAUCUUAGAAUUUGUUUGAAUGUAUUUUACAAGUUGGGAAGAAUUUAGUAAAGCUGUCGAUCGGUUGUAUGCCAGCAACCCAACACGAUGCAGAUUUGUAACCAAGUAUAACCAUAAAAAGGGCAAAAUGACACUCAAAAUGACGGAUGAUAUGGUUUGCUUGCAGUACGACACGGAUCAGAUACAAGAUGUAAAGCGAUUAGAAAAGCUUACAGCCACUUUAAUGAGGCAUAUUGUUUCCAAAUAGAUUCUUAUAGUUAUUCGGAAUUAAUGAAUUUUAUAGCACUAUUUUUGAUUCCAUCUGACCAAUUUACAUUUCCGAA